AUGCUUAACAAGUUUAUCGACGUAAGGGACAGGGAUUCCUACUCAACAUUUACGUCAGCAACUGGCAUCAGCAUUCUCGCAUCAUUCCUCACCGAAGAAACCGACGACAUGCGUAAGGGAACUCGACCACCGCCUCUGAACCUCAGCAUCGUCACGAGGCCGAGAUCUCUACCGCGGCUAUCAACUACACCAAUCGCAAGGGAGCUUACACCUCUACUUACACCUCUACCUGAAGAGGUUGAGGAGCCGACAGGCGCUGGUAUCAGGGCCGUGAGGGUCGCGGUGGAUUUUAUGCAGAUUAUUUCAUGUCUGCUUGUCAUUUUGAUGCUGGCCAUCUUUAUUAUUUCGUAUUCUGGAGCUGCAGUUUCCAGCUAUGGCAUCAAGGCGUUUGUUCUCAUCGCGGCUCUGGCCUGUGAUGUAGGCCUUGGCAUGUGGUCUAUCGUGCACCACGACAAACCCUGGACCGGCCCCGCAGUCCUGCUCCGGACACUCACAGCGUCAGUGCUCCUCGGCAGUCUGGUAUCUUUCCUCGCUGUGGGGAGGGUGUUCCCUUCAGACUACACGUACUGGGGGCUGCCUCUUUCACAAACUGGUGCCCCUGUACUGGGACUCGUCUCUGCUAUCUUGUAA